AUGGCUGCGGCUGCGACAAACGGCGACGCGUCUGCGGCUCUGGAUGAGCUGAAGCCUCCGUCAGGCGUUGUCCUUCCUCCACGCGAAAUACGCAACAUCUUGGAAAAGACUGCUGGUUAUGUCGCAAGGAAUGGUGCCGUAUUCGAGGACCGCAUUCGGGACAAGGAGUCGGCAAAUCCCAAGUUCAGCUUUUUGAACCCUUCCGACGCCUACCAUUCAUUCUAUCAGUGGCGGUUAGACGAAGUCAAGUCUGGGAGAGGGACGGGUGUUUCCGCCGGCCGACCAGGCGAGGCGGCUGCGGAGCCCGAGAAACCAAAAGGGCCCCCGAAGCCCCCCGACUUCGAAUUCUCCGCGCGCAUGCCGCGCAUCAAUCAAAAAGAUCUCGAGGUCAUUCGCCUGACGGCCCUGUUUGUCGCCAAGAACGGAAGACAGUUCAUGACCCAACUGGCCCAGCGGGAGACCGGCAACCCGCAGUUCCAGUUCCUCAUCCCGAACCACACUUUCCACAACUUCUUCCAGCAUCUCAUUGAUCAGUACAGCGCGCUUAUACGCGCUGCCGGGCUCGGCGGCGAAGGCGGCAAGCUGCAGGAAGAGAAGACGGCCGAGCUGGAGCGCAACGUGAAGGACAAAUUCCGAGUCCUGGCCCGGGCUAGGCAACGAGCUGACCACGCCAAGUUUCAGGAGUUGGAACGCCAGAAGAAGGAGGAGGAGGAGGAGAAGAAAAAGGAAGAGUUCUCGCGCAUCGACUGGGCCGACUUUGUCGUGGUCGAGACCAUCACCUUCACCGAGGCCGACGAGACGGCAAACCUACCACCUCCGACCAAUCUGUCCGAACUCCAAUACGCCUCUCUCGAAGACAGAAACAAGGCUUCGCUGAGCAUGCUUCGCAUCGAGGAGGCCAUGCCGGGCGAGGAAUUCACCGUCGGAAGCGGCCCUGCCGUUGUGCCGUAUGCACCCUCGCCCGUGCCCCUCCAGCCAAGUUACGGCGUUCAACAGCCCGCACAGCCGUAUCCGCAACCGGGCCAGAUGCCCACCGUUCAGGCGCAGUCCAGUGACUACCCGUCACAGAGAUCUGCCCAGGAGGAGGAGGAAGCCCGCCGUAUCCAGGAACGAGCUGACGCCCAAGCCCGCGUCCAACAAGCACAUUCGGAAGCAAGAGGCGGCGCGCCCCCAAUGAAGAUUAGAGACAACUACGUGCCUCGAGCGGCCCAACGAGGCAAGCAGGCAAGCCAGACCGCUCUGUGUCCCAACUGUAAACAGCAGAUUCCCAUCCACGAGCUCGAAGCUCACAUCCGGAUUGAGCUCUUGGAUCCCAGAUGGAAAGAGCAAAAGGCGGCGGCAGAGUCGCGGUACUCGGCCACGAUUACGGGCUCCGAAAUCGCCCAGAACCUCAAGCGUCUUGCGAGUCAACGAAGCGAUGUGUUUGAUCCUGCGACCGGGCUGGCCGUGACGGAAGAGGAGGCGGCGAGAAGGAAGAAGGCUGCGCUCAUUCCGGCCGAGGCCCACCAAGAGAGCAAGCCGCAGGCGACGAGUCCACAAACAGUCAAUGUCGAAGAACAAAUUCGGGCUAUUCACCAGAAAUUUGCAGGUGACAGGAAGUAG